CCCGCCCCGCCGGCGGGGCCAUGCCCAGCGCGGCGCCCGCCGAGCAGCGCCCCGAGCCUCCUCGGCCGCCCCGAGCGGCUUCGCCCGCGGCGCUGGGCAGCGGCGGCAGAACCGAGAGAGGGAAUAUAUGAAGGAGGAGGUGGAGGAGCGUGCUGAAGAUGAGGCGACUGAAUCGCAAGAAGACCUUGAAUUUGAUGAAAGAACUGGAUGCCUUUCCAAAGGUUCCUGAAAGCUAUGUGGAGACUUCAGCGAGUGGAGGCACAGUUUCUCUGAUAGCAUUUACAACAAUAGCUUUCCUGACUAUAAUGGAAUUCAUGGUGUACCGGGACACAUGGAUGAAAUAUGAAUAUGAAGUAGACAAGGAUUUUACUAGUAAAUUAAGAAUCAAUAUUGAUAUUACAGUUGCCAUGAGGUGUCAAUAUGUGGGGGCUGAUGUUCUGGAUUUAGCAGAAACAAUGGUUGCCUCUGCAGAUGGGCUAAUCUAUGAGCCAGUAGCGUUUGAUCUCACCCCACAACAAAAAGAAUUGCAAAGGAUGCUGCAAUUAAUUCAGAGUAGGCUGCAGGAAGAACAUUCUCUUCAAGAUGUGAUAUUCAAAAGUGCAUUUAAAAGUGGUUCUACAUCACUGCCACCACGGGAGGAUAAUUCAUUGCAGUCUCCAGAUGCAUGCAGAAUUCAUGGUCAUCUCUAUGUCAAUAAAGUGGCAGGGAACUUUCACAUAACUGUGGGCAAGGCAAUACCACACCCUCGAGGCCAUGCACACUUGGCAGCCCUUGUAAGCCAUGAGUCCUAUAACUUCUCCCAUAGAAUAGAUCAUUUGUCAUUUGGAGAGCUUAUUCCAGGAAUUAUUAAUCCUUUGGAUGGAACAGAAAAAAUCGCGUCUGAUCACAACCAGAUGUUCCAGUAUUUUAUCACAGUUGUGCCAACCAAACUCCAUACGUAUAAAAUUUCAGCAGAAACUCAUCAAUUCUCAGUGACAGAAAGGGAAAGAGUAAUUAACCAUGCAGCUGGCAGCCAUGGGGUGUCAGGAAUAUUCAUGAAAUACGAUAUCAGUUCACUUAUGGUGACAGUGACAGAAGAACACAUGCCUUUUUGGCAGUUCUUAGUGAGGCUCUGUGGCAUUAUUGGGGGAAUUUUUUCAACUACAGGAAUUUUACAUGGCUUUGGAAGAUUUGUAGCAGAAAUUAUUUUUUGCCGUUUCAGGCUGGGCUCUUACAAAUCCACAUCGGUCCCACUUUCUGAUGGCCACACAAGCAACCACUUACCUCUAAUUACAGACAAUAGUACACAUUAGCCUCCUGAGAAAAUUUUCUUUCUUCCUGCCUGAUACAGAAGACUUUUUUUUAUAAUAAACAUUGUGCAAUAUGCUGAGACAGUGCUGAUGGGCAGCAAAAAAAAAAAAAAAAAACGAAGCCUUUACAAAAAACCCGACAACAACAGCAAAACAAUUUGUGUAAUUUUUUGUCUUUCUGAGUGCACAUGGAGUCAUAGAAAGUUGUGAGACCAGUGAGGUGGACCAUCUGGAGAGUAAAGGAGAGUUACUGCCAACAAAGUAUUCAUGCUCAAGCUGGACAUCUUUGUGGUGGCUGCCACUGACCACUGAAGCAUCUUAGUGAUGCCUGGGAAGGCUGCAGGCCCCAAGGAGGAAAGAGUACAAGUGGGAUGUGUGGAAGGCACAGAGGGACAGCAAUAGAGCUGGGAUUUCUCUUAGACGUGCAAACGGGGGAUUGGGUUUUCUUGGUCUUUGGGAGUGGGGAGCAAUCCUAGAAAAUCCUGAAGAAGAGGGGGAUGAGAGAGAACUUGGAGUAAGGUGGAGCCCAAGCCAUGAUGUUGGUCAUAGCCACUGCCUUUCCACAGUCCCACCGUUCCUUAGUGGAAGAAACGUACUGCGGAGCAGAGGAGUUCCUCUGUUUCCACAAAUCUGCUGUGCCAGCAGUGAGAGUGUCACUUCUGGCAUCGGUGUGGAAGUGCUCAAGGACUCUCAGAAUGCCCUCCAGUGUGCACAGGUUUUUUUUAACUUGGAAUAAGGCUUUUAAAUAAGGCAUUU